CAAAAAUUAAAAAUGCGAAGGGUCAAUUUUGAACUAGGUGAACCAUCGGAAAAAGAAUAUUUUGAAGAAUAUGACAAAUACGCCACAGUAUACAGUUGGUGGUUUUGCUUAAUUUUGAUCCUGAGAUGUUGCAUACCGUUUUGUCUAGCUCUGCAAGUAGGCCCUUAUGAAUAUUCUGAUAGCAUUAAAGUAUACAGACGUGCCUUCCUAAACAAACAGAAUCAUCAAAAUAUCACGCAAAUUCAAGUGGUGGGUGGUGAGUAUAAUGUGCAAAAAUCUAUUAUCUUGCAAAUGAUAAUCUUCAAAUCUGCUGGAUUUGGCGUGGGAGCAGUUCUGAUUGGAGUUUUUGCGGACGUAUAUGGAAGAUCGGUUACUAGUUUUCUAGCUUCCAUGCUAUGGGCCACUACUGCAGCUAUUUCCGUCCUAUUUCAACAUGCAACGUUAAUACAGGUAUGGUACUCAGUAAUUACUGCAUGUGCUAGUGCAACUUGUGUCGUCACAUUUGUAAGCUUUGCAGAAAUUAUAAACAAAAAGCAGAGGGUAUUAGUUGUUUACACAUGCUUAGGCUAUGUCGUUGGAGACAUACUCCUCACUUACAUCGUCGACAACUUACAGACUUGGAAAUACACUAUUACUUUCGCAGCAACUGCAAGCACAUGUGCAAUUUUUGCAACAUGGUACAUCCCAGAAUCACCCAGAUGGUUAUUCAAUAAAAACAAAAAAAGACAAGUUUAUGAUCAACUAAAUGAAAUAUCAGGCCUGAAGUAUGAGAUUACACUAGCAAAUGCACCGCCUGAAGGAGAUUCUCAUCUGCGGAUCUGCUAUGAUAUGUUUCGAUACAUCACAAGAGAGAAGUUAAAACAUAUUAUCAUAUGUAACAUAUGUAUAGGAGCUGCCGGUGCAAACUUUUCUACUGCAAGACUUAAAGUUACUUUGUAUUACAAUAAUGCUGACGAAUUCAAACACAUUGCAAAUGUUGCGGAAGUACUUGCUUACUUACUUUUGAUUCCGAUGCUAAUUUUUCUUGGCAAACGAAAUAGUUUAUUUGCCUGCUUCUGUUUGUUGUCGACAUCGGCAAUGAUAGGGAUAAUACUGCCAGAGAACACACAGAUUUUUUACAAUAUUUUCGCAGUGCUGCUCGGUCAAACAGGUUUAUGCUUUUGUUGGUUUCUCUUUUUGGAUCUUUUUCCCACAUUUUCAAGAGCAACGGUAAUGGGUAUUGGGAUUUGUACUUACAACAUAGCUUCUGCUAUCACAAUAGUAACAGUGAAUCUAAUAGAUGAAUUUAGUUAUUUCAAUUACUGUAUAAUGUUUUUUCUAAUAUCGCUAUUAGGCAUGUCAGUUUUGAGUUUGUCUGAUUACUCUUCGCAGGAUCUGUUAAAUUUUAAACUAUAUCGCUGA